ACCAUGACCUGACCUGUAUCUGGGCUGGACUAUCUUGUCAUUAAUCAAGCCUAUUACAUUGUAUCUGAAUCCAUAAGACAAUUAAGUAAUAUGCAAUCAUAAAAAUAUCUGAGUUACACAGUACCCAUCAUCAAGCCUAGAGAGAUGGUCCUUUCCGAGAAGAGCUCCAGGGCCUCGGGGCCUAAGAAAGCAUGCAGAAAAUGGGGCCUAUGGCCCCAGAGUUUCCCCUCCCCGGCCCUGUGCUGCGCCUGUGGCCUGGGGAUCAUGCUGGCAGGCAUCAACAUCACCUUGGUGGGGGCUUUCACUUUCAAGUCCUUCAUCCCCGCCAGCAACCCAUCCAUCGUCAUUGGGCCACUGCUCCUAAUAGUGGCUCUGUCCUUUUUUGGGGCAUGCUGCAUGUGUAGCCGACGGGCUCCGGCCCGCGAUACCCGUAAGGCAAAGGGGGGCGAGAGCUGGGGGCUGAUGCGGAUGGGGGCCGGCGCAACGUUUGAGAUGGAGACGAGCGAACACACGCUGCAGGACACCACCGCCGUGCAGCUCAGUCCCACCAACUCCCCGACCUCCUCCCACAAGUCUAGUAACUCCACCCAUAGGGACACCCCUGCACUGCGGGCCUGUGAGGAUGACCCUGCCUCCAGGGCCUGCGAGCUCACCACCUCAGAGACCUAUAAUAUAGAUGUGACACCUGAUGACCAGGUCUUGACCGCAGAGGACCAGGCAAUGACCUCUGAGGACCAGGCAUUCACCACUGAGAACCAGGCAUUGACCACGGAUGACCAGGCAUUGACCUCUGAGGACCAGGCAUUGACCUCUGAGGACCAGGUAUUGACCUCUGAGGACCAGGCAAUGACCUCUGAGGACCAGGCAAUAACCUCUGAGGACCAGGCAUUGACCUCUGAAGACCAGGCAUUGACCACUCAGGACCAGGCAUUGACCUCUGAGGACUAGGCAUUGACCUCUGAGGACUAGACAUUGACCUCUGAUAUUGAUUAUAAGGAGAGCAUCCAGAUGAAGGCUAUACACAAGCCUUAUCUAACGUAGCAGGGCUGUCUCCUGGUUAUUACAUAAACUGGUGCCGUAUACUCCUCUGGUACUAUAUACAGUGCAUUUGGAAAGUAUUCAGACCCUUUCACUUUUUCCGCAUUUUGUUACGUUACAGCCUUAUUCUAAAAUGUAUUAAAUCAUUUUUCAAUCUACACACAAUACCCCAUAACGACAAAGCAAAAACAUUUUUUUAUAUAUAUAUAAAUACAAAUAUUUGUAUUUUAUUUAUUUAAAUGGCAAUAUAACAUUUACUUAAGUAUUCAGACCCUUUACUCAGUACUUUGUUGAAGCACCUUUGGCAGCAAUUACAGCCUUCGAGUCUUCUUGGGUAUGACGCUACAAGCUUGACACACCUGUAUUUGGGGAGUUUCUCCCAUUCUUCUCUGCAGGUCCUCUCAAGCUCUGUCAGGUUGGAUGGGGAGCGUCACAGCACAGCUAUUUUCAGGUCUCUACAGAGAUGUUUGAUUGGGUUCAAGUCCGGGCUCUGGCUGGGCCACUCAAGGAUACUCAGAGACUUGUCCUGAAGUCACUCCUGGGUUGUCUUGGCUGUGUGCUUAGGGUCGCUGUCCUGUUGGAAGGUGAACCUUCGUCCCAGUCUGAGGUCCUGAGCGCUCUGGAGCAGGUUUUCAUCAAGGAUCUCUCUGUUCUUUGCUCCUUUCAUCUUUCCCUCGAUCUUGACUAGUCUCCCAGUCCCUGCCGCUAAAAAACAUCCCCACAGCAUGAUGCUGCCACCUCCAUGCUUCACCGUAGGGAUGGUGCGAUGUUUCCUCCAGAUGUGACACUUGACAUUCAGGCCAAAGAGUUUAAUCUUGGUUUCAUCAGACCAGAGAAUCUUGUUUCUCAUGGUGAGAGUUCUUUAGGUGCCUUUUAGUAAACUCCAAGCAGGCUGUCAUGUGCCUUUUACUGAGGAGUGGCUUCCAUCUGGCCCCUCUACCAUAAAGGCCUGAUUAGUGGAGUGCUGCAGAGAUGGUUGUCCUCCAGGGAGGUUCUCCCAUCUCCACAGAGGAACACUGGAGCUCUGUCAGAGUGACCAUCGGGUUCUUGGUCACCUCCCUGAUCGCUCAGUUUGGCCGGGCGGCGAGCUCUAGGAAGGGUCUUGGUGGUUCUGAACUUCUUCCAUUUAAGAAUGAUGGAGGCCACUGUGUUCUUGGGCCCCUUCAAUGCUGCAGAAAUGCUUUGGUACCCUUCCCCAGAUCUGCGCCUCGAAACAAUCGGAGCUCUACGGACAAUUCCUUCGACCUCAUGGCUUGGUUUUUGCUCUGACAUGCACUGUCAACUGUGGUACCUUAUAUAGACAGGUGUGUGCCUUUCCAAAUCACGUCUAAUUAAUUGA